AUGCCCUUCUUCAAGAGAAAAAAACACCAGCCCGAAGCAUCUGCCCUGACUAUCCACUCAGCAGAGCAACUGUCGACCGUCUCCUUCCAGCAGAACACUCGCUCUGGGUCUUCCAAUCCUGACUUCUAUCGUUUUUCCGACUCCCGUAGUAGAGAUCUCCGCACCGACCGACAACAGCCCCUCCAUCGACCAUCUCAAUCUCAUUCUUACUCUCAGGCACAAGCUCUCCAGGAACCAAUCCCAGAACCUGCUACCAUCCGCCGUACUCAAACCGCUCAUCUCCUCCAGGACCCCGAACCAGUACGCCCCUCUACCAUCUCCCCUGUCUCUACGAUUCAGAUGCUGACCCGACAGCGCAACGCCGACCACGACGACCGGCGCAAGCUGCAAAAACAUCAGACAACGAAGAAACCCCCCUCGACUGCAUCUUCCCCUCCCUCGUCCACCGCAAAAGACAUCCCUAGUUUCCUGGGCCGAACCCUGUCCAAGUCGCACCGCUCGCGGCCAGCAACAAUAACAACAGCCCCCAGAGGAGCGCGUCGAUCAGCGCCGAAAGACGAUGUGUCAUUGAAUUCCCAAUCAAUCCCGGAGAUUUCGACGACAGCAACCGACUCGCAGCAACUAGCCGCAGCCGCACGGGAGGGUGAUACUGUAUCUAUUCAACAUCGGACCAGCACGAGCACCGCCGACUCGGACAAACUACAAGUACAAGCUAGCAAACACGGGUCGAACCAGACGCAAACACAACCACAAUCGCCGCAUCAGUCGAUACGGCCCCCUUCUCAGCUGUCUCUAGCGACCUCGUUGAUAUCUGCUCAUAGCGACACGGCAUCUCUGCAGGCCAUGGCUGCCGACCGUGCUGGACCCGCGGGUCAAUCGAAUCAGACCGGUCGCCAAUCGCCAUAUCUGGCUGAUUCGAAGAAUAACUCGUCGACUAGCCAGGACCAGGGACGUAGUACCCCCGGUCCGGCUCAGGGUCGACGAGAGGAGGAGGGUGACAUGCGGUCGUUGGUGCAGAAGCAUGAGGAACUUUUGGCCAAAUACUCCAAGGUAAAGCGCUACUACUUUGAGAAAGACGCCCAAGUGCAACACCUCCAAAACACCGUCGCCCACCAACGCAUGGCCGUGUCCCGCACCGUUCUCGAUGACAACGAAUACGCCAACCGCUUUGGCCGUCUCGACGGCGCCAUCAAAGACCUUGCAUUCUCCAUUCGCAAAGACUGGAAGAGCCUCCCACAUUGGUUGAUCGGUUACGUGAACGAUGAUGCCCACACCGUCGGCAUGAAAGAGAUGACAGCUAUCGGUCGUGCAUUCAUCAGCCGCUGGCUCGUCGAAGAGAUCUUCCAUCGCCAUUUCCACCCAUCCCUCGAAUCAACCUUCAGCCAGCAAUUGAAGAGCAUCGAGAACAACCUCCGCCAGCAGCACGGCUCCAAGUCCGUCAUCACCGAAGAGGAUAAAGAAAACGCCAUUGCUAAGAUCUCAAAUUGGCGACGCACGACAUUCGACGGACUAGGCGACGCCCAACUCCACGGCCGCACGGCCGACGAAAACCGCGCAAAACUCGUCGACCACCUCGUCACCAAACUCGUCGCCUCUCUCGAAAUGCACCUCAACACUCCCCCACCCGUAGGCAUGGACAAUGGCGCACGCCUAAUCGUCGAAAACGCAGUCGGCGUCGCAGAGAAGAUCCCCCUCGAAUCCCGCGACAUCUGCGUCGAAUACCCACUGCCAGGCUCUAUCCUUGACGACCGCCAAAUGAAGCCCGAAACAGGCGUCCCGCCAUUAACGAACGUGAAACCAGAAAACGUGCGCCGUCCGGAUCUCGAGUCUACAGACCCUGCUGGACAGGGCCAGUCGACCGAUACAGAUCCCACGGCCAGUACAGAUCCCGACUCUCCCUCCUCGCAAUCGCCCUCUCCCACAUCAUCCCCGGCUCCGGGGACAGCGGGGCCUGAGAAAAAGAAGACGUCGAUGCUUGGGUCGUUGAUGGGGAAGCGGAAUACACCCGCUGCCCCCGCUACACAGGCCAAGGAGAGUAAGGAUGACAACAACAACAACAAUAACAACAACAACAACAACGGGGCGGUCGUGGGACCAACGAGGAUUCGAUUUGCCUCGUUUGUUAGCGCCGAAGUACGCGGGAAGGGGCCGGUGAAUGUAUUGGCGAAGGCACCGGUCUAUGCGCUUGAGUGA